CAGACACAGAGGGGUAAUAAGGACAGAGACUAACCACUGGUCAGAUACAUCAAGACAGAGACUAACCGCUGGUCAGAUAUAUCAAGAUGGUGCGUAAGUCCAUUGUGGUGGGCCUGGUGGUGCUGCUGGUGGCGGCCGUGGGGACGUUUGUGGGCGUGUUCUAUGGGGUUGGGAAGAAGAUGACCGACCAGAAGGCCUACUUCAAAGCUGCAGUGGCCACGGACGCUGGACCCUGCUCGGAGAUAGGCAGGGAUAUCCUGAAGAAAGGCGGUUCUGCGGUGGACUCGGCCAUCGCUGGGCUGCUGUGUGUGGGCCUGAUGAACGCCCACAGCAUGGGCAUCGGCGGAGGCCUCUUUCUCACCAUCUACGACGCCAGCACAGGGAAAGUGGAGACCAUCAACGCCCGGGAGUCCGCCCCAGCGAAUGCAUCUCAGGACAUGUUUGGGAACAACACGGACCUGUCGCGCACAGGUGGUCUGGCCAUUGCGGUGCCAGGAGAGAUCCGCGGCUACGAGCUGGCACACAGGCGGCACGGCAGGCUACCGUGGAAGGAGCUGUUCCUGCCCAGCAUACGGUUGGCACGCGAAGGGUUUCCUCUGGGCAGUGCCUUGGCAAAGGCCAUCAACAGCUACAGGAGAACAAUCACCAGCGAUAAGGCUUUAUGUGAAGUGUUCUGUGACUCAGAGGGCAACAUUCUGAGAGAGAACAGCACCAUCUACUACCGCAAGCUGGCCGACACCUAUGAGGCCAUAGCCAAUCAGGGCCCAGAUGCGUUCUACAAGGGGCCAAUAGCGGAGAACAUGGUGCGGGACAUCCAGGCUGCAGGUGGCAUCGUCACUCUGCAGGACCUCCAGGACUACCAGGCCAGGCUGGAGGAGGCCCUGUGUGUGGGCAUGGGGGAGUACCGGCUAUGUGUCCCCCCCGCACCCGCCAGUGGCCCCGUGCUGGCCCUCAUCCUCAACAUCCUCAAAGGUUACAAGCUCGGGCCAGACAGUGUCUCCACGCUGGAGAAGAAGGUGCUCACCUAUCACCGCAUCGUUGAGGCCUUCCGUUUCGCAUAUGCCAAGAGAAGCGUGCUCGGAGACCCUCACUUUGUCAACGUUACCUCUUUGGUCAAGAACAUCACCUCAGAUGAUGUGGCCGAACUGUUCCGCAGUCGGAUCACCGACGACACCACACACCCAAUGGAGUACUACGAGCCCGAGUACUUCGUCCCCGACGACCAUGGCACCGCCCACCUGUCCGUCAUGGCGGAGGAUGGAAGCGCGGUGGCCGCCACCAGCACCAUCAACACCCAAUUUGGAUCUAAAGUCAUGUCCAAUUCAACUGGGAUCCUCUUAAACAACGAAAUGGAUGAUUUCAGCUCCCCCUUCAUCACAAACGCUUUUGGCGUCCCACCCUCCCCAAAUAAUUUCAUCCUACCAGGUAAGAGGCCGUUAUCGUCAAUGGUUCCCACAAUCCUCCUGGACAAGAACAAUAAAGUAAAAAUGGUUGUUGGAGGCUCUGGUGGGACGAAGAUCACCACGGCGACCGCCUCAGUUAUCCUCCAUGCUCUUGUCUUCAACUAUGACCUGAAGAGAGCAAUAGCGGAGCCUCGCAUUCACAACCAGCUCGCCCCCAACACCACGUACGGAGAGAUGGACUUUGACCCGAACAUUCUGGAAGGCUUGGAGCAGAAGAACCAUGACACGGCCUUGCUGACGUCCGUGGCAGCGGUGGUGCAGGCGGUGAUGAGACAGGGCGAUGGGAUAGUCGCUGAAUCGGACCCCAGAAAAGGAGGAUACGCUGCAGGAUACUGAUAUAAACACACAUGCUUACACACACACACACACACACACACACUGUACAUUUGUGCAUACAGACACAUAUAGACAAAAACACAGAGUUAAACCCACACACAAACACAGACACACAACCACACACAGGCAUCUACAUACACAAAUACAUACAGACAAAAACAUACACAGAUAUGCGUAUGCUGCAAAGAGAGCCAUGCUGCAAUGUGCAAUGCCAUGUGUGUGCACAAAUGGAUUGUAAAUAUUGUAUUUUAAUUUAUAAAUUAAUUAAUUGUGCUGUGCUAUU